AUGUAUCACAACACCCAGGUCUACUUCCGCUCUCAAACAGACCGAGACACUAUACUGGCGCAAAAAGUAACGGAUGUGAUAGACGGUAAAGUAAAAAUUGCCAUGGAUACAGUGAGUCCGCAUACAUGGGCGAUUCGGUUUCCGGCUGCUGCUGGAAAAAAACAAUCGCCUGUGAAUCUGAACACCGGAGCCAUGCAAUAUGAUGCAUCAUUGAAACCUUUACAGAUAGAUUUUAAAGGAGUAGAAAACCAAACGGUUGACAUGAAAGCUCACAAUUUUCAAGUAAAAAUCGGAGGGAAGGCAGUAUUACGUGGUGGACCGUUGGAACAUGACUAUCAUCUGACUCAGUUUCAUUUUCACUGGGGGUCCGGAAACACUUGGGGGUCAGAGCAUCAUGUGAAUGGAGUGAGCAGUCCAGCAGAAUUGCAUUUGGUUUUCGCCAAUUCCAAAUACAGUCAGAAUGAAGUGCUCACUGAGCAACCGGACGGUUUGUCUGUAGUUGGCGUAUUUCUUCAGCUGGGCACACAAACAAAUCCAGCUCUGGAGCAGCUGUGCAAAGUGCUACCUACGAUGAACAAAGGUGACUCGAAGGUUAUUGAGCCUAGACUACCACUACAGUCCCUCAUUCCAAUGGAUAGUCGUAUCAUGGAACCGAAUCAUUCAAAAAACGUACUGCGUACCUACUGA